AUGCAACCAAGAACACGAAUUCCCGAGUUUGCAGAAUUAGAAAACUAUAAAAAUCUUGGGCUAUUGACCCAGAUGCAACUCGAUUUACUCUAUCGAAGAGUAAAUGGCGAGUCUUAUCAACAAAUACGGAAUGUUUACUCAAUUUCAAAGACGACAGUAGCACGCGCAAUCAUGCGCACUGCUACUUGUCGUUCAUGGACAAAAGGUCAGUCAGGGGGUGGUAUGACCCUUUUGUCACUACCAGAUGAAAUGCAGUUCAAAAAACUUGUUCAAGAGAUGGCAGACGACUUGAACUGUAUUACAACAUCAAUGGCCAUUGCUGUCUGUACGGAAUUACAAAAUAGGAGAUUAAAAUUUGCGGCGCGGGUACUAAUCGCUGCAAGAUGCCCGCAUCUUCUAGCGAAGCUCGAUGAUUACUGCCCAUCGCCAUCCCGUGGCUGGCUUAAUCAUAUCGCCACAAGAUUGUCAAUUCGGAUUGUGAGCUCCCAAACUAUUGAUAUGCUCCGACGCUCUACCUGUGACGCAAACCAUAUUCGCCAAUUUUUCCUCUCCAAGCAUAGAUACUUUGCCCGCAGGAAGAAGUUUAUUGCGAAUAUGGACGAGACAAUGCUCUAUUCCAAACGUCGCUAUAAAGUUCUUACUGCUGGCCGGAAUCGCCCAGUUCGCGCUGAAAAGUCUCAGCUUCCACAUCUUACAGGGGUCUGUACCAUCUUUGCAGAUGGUACAACUAUGA